AUGAAGACUUAAUUUGAUAAAAGUAGAAUUGUCAAUGUCUACUCUCCUAACAUCCCUCCAUUUAAAUUGACACUAACUUUUAAAACUACUUUUAAUGAUAUUCGAAAUCAAAUUAUUUAAGGCUGGAGUGUCAUUCCUAAAAGAAUUAGAAUCUUUAAUUAAAAUGCUCAUGAAUUGAUAGAGCAAGAUUUACAAUUUGUUCUAGAUGGAAAUAAAUUAUAUAUCACUCUCUUCGGUUAGGACUUGGAUGCAAGUAUCAUAUUCUAAGAGUACGAGAUUGUUUCAGAAAUUGGUAAGGGAGGCCAAGGAACUGUCUUAUUAGCAAGACAUAAGUUCAUUGGAUCCUAUGUUGCAGUCAAAAUAACAAGGGAUAUCGAAGAUGAAGACUCAAUUAUAAAAAGAGAAUCCAAAAUCUUGAAAGAAUUACUUCAUCGCAAUAUUGUUAAAGUUUUUCAAACUCUCUUUUUUUCUAAGGCUAAGGAGUGUAUUAUAAUAAUGGAAUAUUUAGAUGGUGGAUCCCUAUUAUAAUUAAUUCGAAGUAAAUGUCACCUUUAUUGUUUAUAGACAAAGGAACAAUUACUGAAUAGGAAGCAAAGAUCUAUAUAAAACAAAUUGCAGAAGCAUUGCUUUUUUGCCAUUCAAAAACUUUUGUUCAUAGAGAUUUAAAAUUAGAAAAUAUCAUGUUAGUUAGUUAAGGAAAUACAUAGGUAUAAAUAAGUUUUAAUUAAGGUUAAAUUAAUAGAUUUUGGAUUAGCAGGAGUGGCUGGAACUUAGAGGGAAAAUGAAACAAUGAAUGUUGGGACUCUACCAUAUAUGCCUCCUGAAGUUCUUAAUGGUAAACUCAAAUUUGUAAGUCCUUGUGUUGAUGUAUGGGGUGUUGGAGUAAUAAUGUAUAGUUUACUAUAUGGUAAAUUACCUUUUAAAGGAAGAACCAAUGAAGAAAAAGUUAAUAACAUUCUAUAAUGUAAUUUCUAGCAUGAUUUAAGUGUCUCAGAUGAUGCUAAGGAUCUUAUUAAUAGAAUAUUCGUGCCUAAACAUAAUCAAAGAAUAUCAAUGCAAGAGAUAUUAGCUCAUAGAUGGAUAGGAGGAAAUGGAUUAUUACAAUUUAGAAGAUUACUAAAGAAAUCAGAUAAUCCUUUUAUAAAUAAUGUAAAAAAGAAAAAUGAUUUCGAAAUUAGAAAAAAAAGUGUCUAUGAUGAAUAAAAAGUUAGAAUUUCACUUCCACUUAUCCGUUAUAGAGCUAAUUCUUAAGAAACCAUCAUUGAUAUUUCUAAGUGA